AUGACUAAUCGUGAAGAAAAUCGAAUAAACCAAUUUUUGUCAGAUACCGACUUUAAUUCUGACAGUUCUUUUUUUACGGAUGAUACUGACAAUGACCCAACUUUUGUACCAGGAGGUCAUCGAAACACAAAUAGUCCAAGUUCAAGUUCAGAUAAUUUGUCUACUCCUGGCCCUUCGACAGGUACGUUACAAAAUCAAAUUGAUUAUUCUAACGAAGAAAAUUCUUUUGACAACACAUCUAGCGAUGAUAGCGAUUAUAAUAAUUCUAAUUCCAAUUCAACUGACACAUUAUGGAAGGAUGACUAUAUAUCUAUACCUGAUUUUAAUUUUGAUACUACAACUAGUGGAAUCAAAUUAAAUAUUGAAGACACUGCUCGCCAUUCCCCAAGUGAAAUAUUUAAUCAAAUCUGGACUAAAGAAAUUAUUGACAUUAUCGUGAAAUCUACAAAUGCAUACGGAUUAAACCAAAAAAAUAAAAGUCGACCCCAUGGAAAAUAUUCUCGUAAAUCUAAAUUUACCGAAACCAACCCAGAAGAAAUAAAAAAAUUUCUUGGAAUGUGUAUGCUUAUGGGUUCAUUAAAAUUUCCAUCAUUACGUGAUAUUUUCUCAAAUAAUCCAUUAUACUAUCACCCAAUAAUAAAAUACACCAUGUCAGGACGAUGUUUUGAACAGCUUCUCUCGUACUUCAGCGUUGAAUAUUCAGGUCUAUCCACAGAUACUGGCCCAAUGAGUAAAUUAAAUCCACUGUUUAAAAUACUAAUUGCAAAUUUUCAAAAAGCAUUUUACCCGGGAGAAGAUUUAUCUUUAGACGAGUCACUACUGUUACAUCGCGGAAGAUUAAGCUUUAGACAAUAUAUAAAGGGCAAGAAGGCAAAAUAUGGGAUAAAGUUUUUUGAACUAUGUGAUCCUAAUGGAUACGUGUUAAAUAUUGAAGUUUAUAAGGGUAAAAAUAAUUAUUUAUUGCCGUCAACAAAUUCUAAAACAGAUAGCCUAGUCCUUAGGCUUAUGGAUCCAUAUUUAUGCAAAGGCCACAGUUUAUUCAUGGACAAUUAUUAUAACAGCACUACUCUUUCCGAAUUAUUAUUAAAAAAAAAAACACAUACUACGGGCACUCUGAGAAUCAAUAGAAAAGGAAAUCCUGAAGAAGUAACUAAAAAGAAAUUGAAAAAGGGUGAUCACGUAUGGCGGAGAAAAAAUGAAAUUUACAUUUCAAAAUGGAAAGACAAACGUGACGUCACAAUUAUCACUACCAAAUAUCAUCCACAAAUCGUCACAUCAACCAAUAAAUAUGGGCAACAAAAGUUAAAACCUAUAGAAAUUGUAAACUAUAAUGAAAAAAUGAGUGGAGUUGAUAGAUGUGACCAAAUGAACUACUAA